AACUUUUGUGUCGUUUAGCUAGUACACCUGUCUCAGAUCGCUGCAAACUUUGAGAGGGAAAAGAAGGAUAUCACCUCGAAUCCAUUCGGUAUUGUUAUAAAGUUAUAAAAGUUACAAAACACGAGUGUUCGCGAAAACCUUAUCGUCGCGUCAAUUGACUUAAUAAAACGUGCGAUGAAUAAGUUUCGUUUGUAUCUUUUGUUACAAUUAUGCGUGCUGACCACGUCUCAGAAGACGAGUUUAGACUCGCCGAUAAACUUAUACUUCUAUCGUCAAAUUCGUAAUUGGUUUUUCCAAAAUAUCGAUGUAAGAAAUGAAGAACGAUCAGCACGAAAUGAAAAAAAACUUCAAAAGCAAGUUCCAACAGAUGUUCCAUUUCCUUGUAACGUUACAGAUGGUAGAUCUCUCAAAGUUCCCGACUCAGUUCAUCAUCUGAGACCAGGUGACAUAGAUGUUAUUGCCGCGAUGGGCGAUUCUUUGACAGCCGGAGCUGGAAUUUUUGCAACUACUUUAUUAGAGGUGCCCAUUGAGAAUAGAGGUGCAUCAGCGAGUAUUGGUGGUCAACAAAAUUGGCGUACAUAUUUGACGCUUCCCAAUAUUUUCAAAGAAUUCAACCCUAAAUUAAUAGGCUACGCACUUGGAGAUUCUCUGACUACUCAACCAGCUUCGCAGUUAGACGUCGCUGAAAUUGGCGCAAUGUCCAGAGAUAUGCCAUUUAUGGCCAAACAUCUAAUCAAUAAAAUAAGAAAUGACCCGAGGAUAAAUAUGAAGAAACAUUGGAAGUUGAUUUUCUUGUUCAUCGGACACAAUGAUUUUUGUAACGAUAUAUGUGCACUGUCUUCUCCAUGGUCUGUUUUGGAUAACCACAAAACUGAUCUAAUUAAUACUCUUAGGAUAUUAAGAGACAAUAUACCCAGAACUCUCGUCGCUAUUCAGGUAAUGCCUCACUUAAAGGAACUCGUUGCUACGCGUGAAGGAAGAAACUCUUUGAAAUGCUAUAUAAUGACUACCAUUGAAUGCUCAUGUUUGUUCGCUUUGCAAUUCAGAGAUCGAAGACAGGAGUAUUAUGAAAUAAUAAAGAGGUGGCAAGAAUUAGAAGAAGAAGUGGUUAAUUAUACAGAAUUUCAUAGAAAUGACUUCACUGUAGUGAGUUUACCAACUCUGAAACACGCAAAGGUACCACUUGCCAAGGAUGGAUUUGCUGAUUUGUCAUAUCUUUCUGCUGAUUGUUUUCACCUAAGUCAAAAAUCUAAUGCACUAUUGGCAAAUAAUCUAUGGAACAAUUUGCUAGAACCAGUUGGUAACAAGUCUUCCACUUGGACUCCACUAUACGAAAGAUUUUUGUGCCCUACCUCGGAAAGACCGUUCUUGAUGACACGUGAAAAUUCACACAAUUUUUCCUACAUUAAAGACACGCCUCUAGUUUGAUAUUAUACAAUUGAAAUAGUAGCCAUUGGAAUUUAGUAUAGUAGGCACAAGGCCAUUUUAGUUCACAAUUAAAUUUUCCUAAUAUAGUAAAUAUUUAUUUAUAAUUA